AUGAGGAGAGUCGUCGUAAGAGAGUUCUGUGAAAUUAUAGAAGACCCCAUUCCCCUGGCUGCUUCUGAAAACAAAAUAGUGCGACAUGAUGACUUGCCCACGGUGACAGACGAGCUUUCAGUGACUCUGCGUCUGAAAGUUAAAAGUAUUAAUUCUGAUUGGGCCUGCAUCUUUCUUAAAGGCACUGAACAUUUCAUCCGUACUCCUUCACUCUGGUUGUUGCCAAAUAAAACUACAAUGCAUGCGCGUUUUUCAGGUAACUGGCAUCGUAAUGUUGGAAUUGGCGAGACCGCUACUCAGCUUUCGUUGAAUAAAUGGCACCAUAUAAGUUACACCCUUUCUGAUUUAGAAAAGAGAUUAGACCUCUACAUAGAUUGUUCAUGGGUCGGAUACUAUGGCAUCCAGAAUGUUCAAACACAAAAUGUUCUGUUCAAUACUGGACCACUGCAUAUUGGGCUAGCAUAUGAUGGCAAGCUUACUGGUAUUACUGGUGAAAUUAGCAAUUUUCGCUAUUUUAACUGGCGUCUUACUGCUGAAGAGGUAGAGAAUAACUUUUUGUGUGAACUGACACUUUUCAAAUUGAAUAAAAUAUACACACCUUUAGGCACUGAAAAUUUUAUCCGUACUCCUUCACUCUGGUUGUUGCCAAACAAAACUACAAUGCAUGCACGUUUUUCAGGUAACUGGGAUCAUAAUACUGGAAUUGAGGAGUCUGCUACUCAGCUUUCGUUGAAUAAAUGGCACCAUAUAAGUUACACCCUUUCUGAUUCAGAAAAGAGAUUAGACCUCUACAUAGAUUGUUUAUGGGUCGGACACUUUGGCAUCCAGGAUGUUCAAACUCAAAAGGUUCUGUUCAACACUGGACCACUGCAUAUUGGAUUAGCAUUUUAUUCAGGGAUUAGUGGCGAAAUUAGUUCAGAAAAAAUGAGGAGAGUCGUCAUAAGAGAGUUCUGUGAAAUUAUAGAAGACCCCAUUUCCCUGACUGAAUCUGAAAACAAAAUCGUGCAACAUGCUGACUUGCCCACGGUGAAAGACGAGCUUUCAGUGACUCUGUAUCUGAAAGUUAAAAGUAUUAAUUCUAGUUGGGCCUGCAUCUUUCAUAAAGGUAACUGGGACUGUAAUAUCGGAAUUCAUCAGACUACUGCUCUUUCGUUGAAUAAAUGGCAUCAUAUAAGUUACACCCUUUCUGAUUCUGAAAAGAGAUUAGACCUCUACAUAGAUUGUUUAUGGGUCGGAUACUAUGGCAUUCAGGAUGUUCAAACACAAAAUGUUCUGUUCAAUACAGGACCACUGCAUAUUGGAUUAGCAUUUGAUUCAGGGAUUACUGGUGAAAUUAGCAAUUUUCGUUAUUUUAACUGGCGUCUUACUGCUGAAGAAGUGCAGAAAAAUUUUUUGAAACAAGAAGCCUUCAAAUAA